GCACCACACUAUUUUAUUGCCGAUUCUUAAUUUAAAAUAUCCCGUUUUUGACAAUUAAGUAUUUUCUACAACAGACAUUUAUUUUAGUUGUUCAUUCCUCAGACGUCGUUACUCCACCUCUUCUCAAAAGAAACGGAAAUCUUUGACCAACAACGUUAAUUUCGGCUAGCGUGAGUGAGAUUGAAUCUAGGCUAACUGGUCGGUUGAAGUUAAACUUAAAGCGGCACUGAAGAAAGAGAGGUGCAGUUGGAACUUGGAGUAGUCGUUUCUUGCAUAGAAUUAGAAGGUACUGUCGCUGAAGGAAGGAACAGUGUGAAGUCUCCCAAUCACCAUGUCAGGACCAUUGUGUGUUAAUGUUUAUGCUACUAGCGCAACGACUGAAAAUCUGAGUCGUCAUGAAAUGCUUAGUUGGGUUAACGACUGUCUACAGACUCAGUAUAGCAAGAUUGAGGAAUUAUGCACAGGUGCUGCUUACUGCCAGUUUAUGGACAUGUUAUUUCCUGGCUGUGUACCACUAAAGAGAGUCAGGUUCAAAACUAAUCUUGAACAUGAAUAUAUAAACAACUUCAAAAUCCUUCAAGCAGCUUUUAAAAAAGUUGGAGCAGACAAGAUUGUACCUGUUGAUAAACUAAUCAAAGGGAGAUUUCAAGACAACUUUGAGUUCCUUCAGUGGUUUAAAAAGUUUUUUGAUGCAAACUAUGAUGGGCGAGAAUAUAACGCUUUUGAAGCUAGAGGUGGUGUACAAGUUUGUAGUCCAAAAGGUGGAAAAGCUAUAGGAGGUGGAGGAAUGACUAAACCUGUUGGGAGAGCAGCACCAACACAAAGAGUCAAGACAACCCCCCCAAAACCUGCUGCAGUAGGAAAUAGAAUAACCAGCUCAGGGGACACGCACAAAGUAGAGGAGUUGUCCAAUCAGGUUGCAGAAUUGAAGUUUACAGUGGAAGGCUUGGAAAGGGAGCGAGACUUCUAUUACGGAAAACUCCGAGAUAUUGAACUUAUCUGUCAAGAGUCUGAGCAAGAUGGAGAAAAACCACUCAUUGUAGAAAAAAUACUGGAGAUACUAUAUGCUACUGAGGAAGGCUUUGCAGUUCCCGAGGAAGGUGUGGAGGAUGGAGCAGUGGUUUCACCAAAUGAUGAAGAGGAAUAUUAGUGUCAUAACAAUUCAUGUACAGGAAAAUUAGUUUGUUUUUUUUGAUGAAUUUUCUGGUCAUCAUUUAUAGCAGAGAUGAAUCAAAUUAAUAACUUUUAACGAACCACGUGUAUAGGUAAAUUUAAUUGCACUUUAGUUAUUGUCUGCUGUUUGGGAAUGUGUUGCCUUUGAAAUUAUUGCAAUCUUUGUGUAACCACAUGCAAAUGUUGCUCUAGGGAAUGCUAGCAUAAUUUAUACAUUUAUAUUCACUUCACCAUCCUUUGCUUCAUUGUCUACAAGUUAACCCUUUUUUUCACUUUAAAGUGCUCCUGCCUCUUUUGACUAACAUAAUUAAUACAUGGGAGCGUGUAUUCGUCCUUGGAUUGUUUGAGUGUUGGCAGAUGUGUGGUACAUCUGUUUCUAAUUUCCAGUAGCACCUUUCUGAAAGGAUUCCUGCAAGCAAAACGUCAACACCACCUGCCAAAUAAUAUUUCUAAUCACAAUAGAAAAUCAAUAUUAAGAAUAGUAUCUUCUCUUCAUGUCCACAAAAAAUGUUUCUUUGCUGAAUAGAUGUCACUGUUACAAGAAGGCUCCCGUAGCAAAGGUGAAACCAAACUAUUAGUUUUGUUAACAUGUCUAAGUCAUUCUGUUAAGACACACUCUCUUCUUGCAAAUGUUUCAAACAUUUCGAUCUCACACCGUGAAAAAGUUUUAUUAUUGGAAACUAAUGCUGGGAUUGAUUGAAAAUAUUUUAAAAAGUUGCUAAGUAUAUUCUCACCUGAGUUGAAAACAUCGGCCAUGUAUAUUAAGAGAUUUUGUGUCAUUGAAAACAUAAAAUCUUUUUUCAUCUGAUAGACCAAAUUCUAAUAAAAAAAAGCUAUUUUCUAUUUUAUAAAACCUUUUAAAAACAGAAUAAGUUUUAAUACCGUUAUUAUUUAUAAAUGAACAUUUUAAUAAACAGAAAAAGCAUUAAUGGUAAUUUUCAUUUUUGGUGAGAAAAAGCCUAGAAUUUCUAGUUGAAAUAGAUCUUAUUUUUUUGCAAGUUUUUUUAUCUUUCAUUAAAAAAAAAAUUCUACUGUAUUAUUAUGUGAAGGUUUCAAUAAAUUUUUUGUAAACUU